CGCUCACUACUAUGGACUCUUGCACCAGACUAACUGUUGCACUUCACCCUGGACUACAGUUACAUAUAUAACAUUCAAAAGUUGUCUUAUGCUUUGUGUCCCAUCACACUGCCUCUGAUUCCUCACCUGACUUGGACAAGGAGAACAGCAAUGGUCCACAUAAGCAAGCUGAGCCACAACAGUCAGACGAAGCAAUAACAUUAGGAAUUAAAACGAAACUGUUUUAAUCAAGAUUUUCAAUUAUGACAACAUCAUGAAGUUUCCAUAAACGAGCAGAAUAAGACUCUCAAACAGCCCUCACAGAAAGAUUGCUUGUCAUCUUCUGUCACAUCCACAUCUGACGCACCCUCUUCAUCUACACCCUGUGCUGUGCCCUCAUCGCCCUCACCUUAUCCUGCGCUACCCUCAUCAUCCUCAUCCAUGUUCUUCAAAUCCUUCAAAGUGGAAACAAGAAAGCGCAGAGGUGCGUUUGGUGAUGAUAAGACGGUAAAGGAGGGCGAUUCAGUCGUUUUGAAGACUGAUAUUCAGAAAAAGAAAGAUGAAUCAAUGCUGUGGUAUUUUGAAGACGCUCGCAUAGCUUUAAUCAAUAAAGAUGAAAGUACAAGCUGUAAAUAUGAUGGUGAAGGUGGGAGAUUCAAAGACAGACUGGAGGUGGACUAUGAGACUGCAUUUUUGACCAUCACAGACAUCAGACUUGAACACUCUGGGCUCUAUGAAGCAGAGAUCAUCAGAAGCGAGAGUUCGGGCAAAAGCCAAAGCUUGAACAGAAACGGCGCAAAGUGUGACAGCACAAAAAUAAUAAAAAAAAACAACCUUGGUGAAAUCACCGAAACAACCCGUGUUAAUGUCGAAGCCAAAACCGAAGAAGAGCCCUACAAAACUGAGAAAGAAAAGAACAAAACUAAAGAAGAAUCCUACACAACCAAAAUGACUCUGCUUUCCUGGACAACAGGUUUAAUGGUUAUUAGACCUGACUCAAGUCUUCAGUGUUUCAGGUAUAGCAGUAGCAUGUGGUCUUCUGGUGGCCGUAGCUGUUGGUGUGAUUUGCUAUCGCCGCAGGAUCUCCGGAAAAGCAGUCAUGGAGAAAAACAAGCCUGGGCGUUUGUUGGAAGAUCAGAAGAAAGAUGACAGUGAUGUGUCUUACGAGAAUCCCUCCGACGUAUGAAUUGAUUAUAUCAAAAAAUAUAUUUUUUCAUGAGCCUCUCACAAAUGUGAAAAUGAAAUGAAAAUGUAUUUGUUUAUGGUUGUGGGUUAGUUAAGUCUGUGUGGAAGUGUUGUAACUUCCUGAUGUAUUCCUGUUGUAUUUUUCACAAAGGAACAUAUAUAUAUAUAUAUAUGGUAAUUCUAGAAUCGGGGGUACAUUUUGCUUCUCCCAGGUAAACCUUCUGUUAUUUUUCAAAAACAAAAACUUCAAUCAGUUUUGAAUAAUAACACAAAUUGUUAUAUAUAGCUAUCACCUAAACAAUGCUUUUAUGUAUAUUAAGGGACAUUUUGUCUUAAAUUAUAACUGAUAGACUGCCACUACACCUAUUAUUGACUGUCUUUGCCUCCUGAUUCAUACAUUCAGUGAAAUAAUUAAGUCUAAUUUUCAUAUUUUUGUGUUUACUGUAAGUUACAUAAACCAGGUAACGGCACUAAUUUUAUUAACACACGAUUAACGCAGUGCACAUUUUCUGUAGUACAACAAUGGAUCAGUGGUGGCUAGUCAAUAGGAGGCGUUGUGGCGCCGCCCCCAUCAAGUUAGCCAGGGAAGAAGCCGACUUCAACAUGUUUAAAAUAAGUUAAAUAAAUAUUGAAAAUUAAUCACGAAAUUGCAUUGUUUAGUCGUACUAUUCGACUGGUAAUCAUGUUAGCACCUAUUAAAAAUAAAAAUAAAUCAAAACUGUAUUUCGUUUGUGUGUGUGCGGGGCUCCGAACUAAGUGUCUAGAUUUUUUUUUUAUUUUUUUUUAUUUUUAUUUUUUUUUUUAAUUCAAAGAACAAUAACAUACAACAUGUUAUCAAGAAACAAAUGAAAAAAGAUAGAAAGACAAAUUACAACAAACAAAACAGUUGCCAGGGGGAGGAAAGUAUUAAACUUCAAAACAAAAAACAAGAUAUACAUAUAUACACGUAUGUGUAUAUAUAAAAUCAAAUAACUAUAUUGUAAAAUUCACAAACUUUCAAAGUUGUGUUUCUGUAGAUCAAUUUUGUGUAGACGUCACAGUUACGUCACUAGCAGCUGCGAUGGUGGCAGAAACACACGAUAGAAGUAUCUUUGCACAGGUGGUUUGAAAGGAAUGUAUAUUUUGUUAUAGAUAUGUUCUAUGAGAGUGAAAACAUUAUGUCUUAUGAAGACUUUAUGCAUGUUUACAAUUUUCCCAUCCCCUUUAAAGAAUUUCAACAAGUGGUUAAAGCUAUUCCAAAUGGGUUGAUACAACUAAUAAAUAAUCACCUCUCUUUUGGAAGCAAUGAAAGGAUAUUUCCAGAAUUAAAAGUUGAUGGUAUUGAAAUAUUUUCUUCGUCUUGUAAUAAUAAACAUAUUUGACAAAUUUUGCAAUCAAAACAAAAUCUCCCCUAGAGGAAAAUUUUUUUGGAAUGCAAAAAUCUCUGAUAUUACUUGGAAAACGACCUGGUCAAAUCCUUACAAAUUUUGUAUUUUGAAUAAAGUUAAAGAGGUGCAUUUCAAAAUACUUCACAAAAUUUACCCAUGUAAAGUAGCUCUGUCUAAAUUCAUGGACAUUGACAACACUUGCAGUUUCUGUAACACGCAUGAGGAAGACUUGUGUCAUUUGUUUUAUAUAUUCGUGAUUUGUCUCUUAGAUUUUGGUCUGAUGUUAGUGCCUUUCUAUUUUUGCAAAGAAAUGUUAAUUAUAUGCUAUCUUUAAAAGACGUUAUUUGUACUUAUUCACACAGAAGUAAAAGGAUUAUGUUGUUAACUUUUACAUCUUGCAAGGUAAAUAUUAUAUUCAUAAACAAAAAUUUGCAAAAUGCCCACCAAAAUGUAAUCUAUUUUUAUCAGAAAUGGAUGCUUUGAAAAAGUCUCUAAUGCAAAUUAAUAACAAAAAGAAUGACAUAUUUUUGGAUUUCAUGGAUAAUUUUUUUGCUGGUAUAGCUCCCCCGCUGCAAUCUUUGAAUAUGUCCUAAGGAAAAAGGAAGAAAAUUUGCAUUAUUGUUUAAUUGUUUUUAUGUCUUAUUAUUAUUAUUAUUAUUAUUAUUAUUAUAUAUAUAUAUAUAUAUUUUUUUUUUUUUCCCCAUGUGGCUAUGUGUUUAUUUUAUUUAUUUAUUUUUCUUCUCUGAAACAUUGUUCUACAGUUUAAGAUUGCUAUUAUAUUUUGUGUAUCUGGAUUUACAUUUUUGUAAUGUUCAAUCAUUCUUCAAUUAAAAAAAAAAAAAAAAAAAAACACGAUAGAAGUGGAGUUAAAUGGGAAAAAAUCCAUGGAUUAAGAGACGCAAUGUAUUGUUGUGCCUGGAUGUCAGAAUCGGAAUGCAAAUCUUUUUUUUAGAAUACUAGAAUACUGUUGUCAAAAACGCCUUUUGAAGCUAAACGCAGACGUUUAAACGGACAGACUUAUGAAUGAAACCUGCUAUGAUUACUCUACUUUUAUAUAAUCAUAUGUAAUUGUAUAUGCAUUGUAAUUGUGGCUGGAAUAAUAAUGUAGCUGUAAAAAUAGUUACAUGCUGAAAUUGAAAUAUACUGUAUAUACAUCUUCAUAGAUAGACAUGGUGAGUUUGUCUUUUUUUUGUAAUUGCAAGUAUAAACAAUUAACUUCAAAGAUUAAAUAUAACAUUGGAUGACAUUAUAAAUACAGAAAUAAUAUAGGAACACAAUAAAUAAAAAAAAAAAAAAAAAAAGUAGUACAGAGGUAGUAAAACAAAAAUUACGUAACAUUCAGCAUAUCAUUAUACAGUUUCACAAAUUUGACACUUUUGGUGUUAAUAUUUUUUAGUGUUAUAAUUAGGUAGUUAAAGUUACAAAGAAAAUUAUGUAAUUUUGGGGAUGUUGAAGAAAAUUUACAUUUAUGAAUAUAAUAUUUUCCCAACAAAAUAAAUACAUUUCCUAUAUAUUCUUUAUGUUUACAAUGAGAAAAAUAACAAACUAUAUCUCACAUAGUUAAAUCAAUGUUUACAUUGGAUUUUGAAGAAAAUUAUUUUGACACUUCAGACCAAAAUUCCUUAACAAGGGGGCAUUUAAAAAAAAAAAAGAUGAUCAAUAGACUCGAUACUGACACUUCUUCCUCCACCUUUUACUGACUUCUUUAUGCACUUGGGCUUCCGUCUUUCCUCAGUUUGAUGCCGAACUAAAUGUUUCCCAUCAGACUCAAAUAAAUUAAGCCUGCUCUCAUCAUUUAAGUGAACUUUCGACCAGUUCUCCUUUCUCUACACCAGGGGUUAUCAAACUUGAUCCUGGAGGGCCGGUGUCCUGCAGAGUUUAGCUCCAACUUGCCUCAGCAUACCUGCCUGGAAGUUUCAAUACCUAGUAAGACCUUGAUUAGCUGCUUCAGGUGUGUUUGAUUAGGGUUGGAGUUAAACUCUGCAGGAAACCGGCUCUCCAGGACCGAACUUCCAAGUAGAACCUCAUGUGUUGUCAUCUCGAAACUAUACGACAUGGUGUGAAUGCAGCAUUAGCCACACUUUCUGUCCAAACAAAUGGACGAUUCGCUUUGUGUGUUGUAGGGUUAGAUUUUACAGCCAAAUUUCCAUUUGUUACAUACAAGUAAUAUGAAGAAUAAAAUAAUUUCAGGCAAAACACUUUAAAUAUGCAACUAAAGUCAUUUAUGUGUAUAUUGUUCUUCUGAAUCACAUCGAUAUUGAUAGUUGUACUGGCAUUAAUUGUUACAUUUUUAUGUGUAGCCUAAAUGAAUUUAUUGGAAGGAGAAAUUCAACUCGCGCACAAUUUACAGAGUGUGGUCCAACUGAACUUCUUUCACAGGCUUUUGGGUCGCUCUAAGGUGACUGAAAUCCGGCGACAGCAGGAUGUCCAUAUUAAUGCCAAAGGGAUGACCCUUUCAGUCAUUGCAAGAAAAGUUGGUAAUUCCAAAUAUGGGUUUCACUUUAUUUUGAUGGCUCAUUUAACACAUUCUGUUGACUAUACACUGUUAAAUAUUUCCUGUAGAGUGUACAGUAACUUACUGCAAGUCAUUUCAUCAGGUCUCAGUAAAUAAUAAAAAUAAGCAAUGACAAUGGUGUAAUAUGUUUUUAACUGUUCAAUUGUAAAAAAAACAAAACAAAGAAAUGACAUUUUAAUAUUCUUGCAGAUUGUUUUUCUUAAACCUGCAGUAACAUUUAUACACAAGGGUUUUAUAUUAUUGCAUUUUAAAACAAUUCAUGAACAAAUUCAGUCAUGAGAACAAUAAAGAUGGACACAUGAGGGUUCAGGCCAGAGUUCUUUCUUUGCACCAUCUUCCCACUUCUUUUGGAACUUUGAGGAGCACUUGCUGUUGUCUUGGUUUAUCAUCACAAUGAACCUUUACAUAAAAGAAAGAAUUAAUUAGACCAUUUGAUGUGUUAAGACAAAAAUAAAAAAGUAAUCAUUUACUCACUCUCAAGAAUAUUCUCUGUUCAAUUUGUUUAUAUAGCCAGUCAACCAAAGUAUUUACUGUCAAGUGCAUAAAAGUAAUCCAUAUGAUUUCAGAGGUUUAAAACACCUAAUUGGUUUUCAAGCACAUUUGAGAUUCUGUUUACCAUAUUUGAUGUACUCUGUAUUUGGAUGACCAAUGUUUGUAUCUGAAUAAAAGUCUAAAAUACA